CACAGUUUGGAGUUGCACACAGCACAAAUCGAAACCACUGUUUACAAACACAAAGUUAGUGACAGCGACUAAAAUCACCGACAGCAGGGCUUUGUUGUUUUCCGUUUUCUCGACAGAGGAAAACUGAGUAUGUAUGAAUUUGUUAAGCCCGUGACCUUAUAAGAGAAGGUCAUAAGAGACAGUCAUGAUGGCGGAGGAGGCUGGAAAGCUUCCACUUCGUCGCCUGGAGCCCCCCAUUCAGAAAUUCAUUAAAGUGGCUAUUCCCACUGACCUGGAGAGACUGCACCAGCACCAACACAACAUAGAAAAGUUUCAGAGGAACGGUCAGUGGGACAAACUGCAUCAAGAGCACAUCAACUCCAGCCGCACUGUCCAGGGGAGGGAGGGAGAGAAAAAGAAAGCCAUCAAUAGCUUUCGUACCCAGUCAUUAGCUCAGCAGGAGAAGAUUGACAGCAUUGAGGCCAACGUUAGCAUAGCAGCCGCUAAUGUGGAGGAGGGGACCCAGAGCCUAGGGAAGGCGGCCCGUUCGAAGCUGGCGGUUUUGCCCAUGGCAGGUGCAGUGGUGGGGGGAGUGCUAGGGGGGCCGCUGGGACUCUUAGCAGGAUUUAAAGUGGCGGGGGUCGCCGCUGCCGUGGGGGGUGGACUGCUUGGUUUCGCCGGGGGCAACCUGAUCCAACGAAAGAAGAAAGAAAGAAUCGACCUGCAGAUACAACAGAUUAAGAGCAACAACAACAGUAAGAACGACACUCAGUGACACACUCGAGCACAUUUGUUUUUGUAGAGGAGGCCAUGGGACGGUGGAUUUGCCGACCCACGCGCGUUCUGAAAUAAACACCAGACGCUCAACGUACAUAAAACAACCACAACUCCUACACGCAGUGCAAACAUGCACAAGUGGACCUGCUAAUUUUCCUUUUGCCUUAAUUCAUCAUUCAUUUCUAUGCCAAAGCAAACAAGGCCUUAUUCCAUCAUCUGACGUGCUGCCGAACAGCUGAUUGACCUUUGUAGCAGUAAUGUGACUGUAGGUGUUAGAAGUGGUUAACGAUUAUAGGUGAUUGUUGUAUGAACUAUAUAACAGUAAGAUUUCUUAUGCAUACUGAGGAUUUGCAGUAGGUGACAUGGUUCUGUUUACUACAGUUAUGUUGUGUUGUGGUAAAAUUGCUAUAAUUGAUAAACACUUAAAAUGCCCAUAAGUGGUAUUGUAACUGAUGCAUUUUUUUUUUACAUGUGUUAAUGGGUUAUGAGUAAAUAUAAAUGAAACAUUGAGUCUAUGUAAAAUACUUUAUAAGGUUUAUAUGUAUCACAGAUAUAAGAAUGGAGGCAAUGCACAGUAGUGAGAAACUUGGCACACUAUGAAUAAACAUUUGAUACACACUA